CUGGUGGACAAGUGCGUUGGGAGUCAGAUAUGGGUGAUUAUGAAGGGGGACAAGGAGUUCUCUGGGCGGCUUGUUGGGUUUGAUGACUAUGUGAAUAUGGUGCUGGAGGAUGUGACGGAGUAUGAUUCUGGGGCGAAGACUGGGGGCAAGUCUGUGGUGCACUCGAAACACGCUGAGAUGCUGCUGAAUGGCAAUGGCAUCUGCAUGGUAGGCCCC